AUGGCCGAUAAGGGGCCGUUUUUGACCUCAUGUAUUAUUUUCUACCUCUCGGUUGGGGCCGCAAUAUUCCAGAUUCUCGAAGAGCCCAACUGGAUCUCGGCCAGAGACAGAUAUAUCCUGCAGAAAGAAAACGUUUUAAAGAAGUAUACCUGCUUGACUAAAGAAGCGCUGGAUGAGAUUUUGGAGAUCGCUUCGGAGGCUGCAGGUCAAGGUGUGACCAUCACUGGCGAGAAACAUCGCAACACGUGGGACUGGGUCAACUCGGUCGUUUUCGCUGCCACCAUCGUCACCACCAUAGGUUAUGGCAAUGUCGCGCCCAAGACUGAAGGUGGUCGUGUGUUCUGCAUCCUGUACGGUUUGUGUGGGAUCCCCUUGUGUCUGGUCUGGAUAAGCGAGCUGGGUUCGUUCUUUGGAGACAGAGCCAAGCGUCUGUCCCAGGUUCUGAUCCGCAGAGGCGUCUCAGUGAAAAGGGUCCAGUUAACCUGUACUGCCUUGUUCCUGUUAUGGGGGCUGUUUGUGCACCUGGUGAUCCCUCCGUUUGUUUUCAUGUCUAUGGAAGGAUGGACCUACCUGGAAGGCAUCUACUUCUCUUUCAUCACUCUCACAACGGUUGGUUUUGGAGAUUAUGUGGCAGGCGUAAAUCCAAACAUAGAGUACCCCAGACUGUACAGAACAUUUGCAGAGAUAUGGAUCUACAUGGGCCUGGCCUGGCUGUCGCUGUUCUUCAGCUGGAACGUCCACAUGGUAGUGAAAGCUCACAAGAAGUUCAAGCAGAGACGACACAGGUACCGAAACUUCGAUGACGAGGAGCCCCAGCAAGAAGGGGAAAAGCCAGACAUAAAGCGGUCCGUCAUCGACAUCUUCAACUUCAUGUCUGAAAAUGGGGAGGACUACAGCACCGUCAUAAACGAUAUCGGAAGUACGGCAAAAAAAAGAAGCCCUGAAGAGAAAGUAAACCGCUCUAAGAGCUGCAGCGACAUCCUGGCCAUCCGUACCCUGGAUCAUUCGCCGAGUCACAAACACAUGAUCAGCAUCAGUCAGGUGUUCAUGACCGCAAAUUUGGAUGAAGAGGAGGAGCGCCCGCCACAGAGCAACAGAGACAGUGAGCCUCCAGAAUGUGCAAGGACGGCAGAUAGCAUGGAGAACAAAGACAGUUGGACAUUUGAACCAGAAAAUGAUGGUAUCAUCUUCACUGUACCCACCAGAGACAGUGCAGAAGAACAGACUGUACAGCAGGCAGGUGGAGGGGAGAGUAGGUUCAAAAUAUCCAAAGUAAAGGAAGAUUUGGUCAUGGACAAAGAUGAAAAAGGGUAAAACAAUACUGUUGUGUAUCAAGGGGACAAACUGCAAUUCAAGGGUGGACUGUUUAACAGCCUCCUGCUUCACCACAGCAUUAUUUAAUGAAACUUUUCCAUUAUUGAAACACAUAACCCAUUUUGGCGGCGACUUUAUCCAAAGCAACUUACAAUUAUUGUAUUCAACAUCUAUGAGAGGCCAUUUAGGGCCUCAGUAUCUGGCCCAAGGACACUUUGGCAUGCAGCAGCCCACCCAAUUCUCUUCUUCUUGCAAACG